CCCGAAUUGGAACGUGUGUGCGCUGCGUGUGCGCGUUACGUCAACCUCGGCCCCGGGAGAUCAGGCGAAUGGGAAAGCGGGUGGGCGUGGCCAGGCGAGGCGGAAUGGAAGGACUGGGUCCGUCAGGAGUACACUACUUAGAAAGGUGUCUUUUUGGAGCCCAAGAUGUUUCCCUUAAAGGAUGCAGAGCUAGGAGCUUUCACAUUCUUUGCUUCAGCCCUUCCAAAUGAUGUUUGUGGCAGCAACGGCCUGCCGUUGACACCAAACUCCAUAAAAAUCCUUGGCCGCUUUCAAAUUCUCAAGACAAUUACGCAUCCUAGGCUAUGCCAGUAUGUGGACAUUUCUCGUGGAAAACAUGAGAGACUGGUAGUUGUUGCUGAACACUGUGGAAGGAGUCUGGAAGAUCUGCUUCGAGACAGGAAACCAGUGAGCCCUUUUAAGGUUUUGUGUAUCGCAUUUGAAGUGUUGCAGGGUUUGCAGUACAUGAACAAGCAUGGAAUAGUCCAUCGGGCUCUUUCACCUCUCAACAUCCUCAUGGAUCAAGAGGGACAUACUAAAUUAGCUAAAUUUGGCCUAUACCACAUGACAGCUUAUGGUGCCGACGUUGAUUUUCCUAUAGGAUAUCCAUCAUACCUGGCACCAGAAGUAAUUGCACAGGGCAUUAUUAAAUCCAGUGACCAUAUGCAAAGUGAAAAGCCUCUACCCUCAGGCCCCAAAUCAGAUGUGUGGUCCCUGGGUGUUAUAUUAUUUGAGUUGUGUGUGGGCAGGAAGCUGUUCCAGAGUUUGGAUGUAGCUGAAAGACUCAAACUUCUUCUUAAUCUUGGAUGUGUGGAUGACAUCAUAACAGUACUUGCUGAGGAACAUGGUUGCCUGGACAUUAUUAAGGAACUUCCAGAAAAUACUUUAACUCUGCUGAAGAAAAGCCUUACGUUCCAGCCUUCUAAGCGGCCUACUCCAGAGAAGUUACUCAAUGACUGUAUAUUCAGUGAAGUAUCAUCUUUAUACCCAGACUUCCAUAAACCUGCCAGCCUUUUCUCAUCCAGUCUAAGAUGUGCAAAUUUAGCUCUUCCUGAAGAUAUUAGUCAGCUUUUCAAAGAUGAAAAUUCUGAUUACCUAGCAGAACGGUCAAUCGAAGAAGUUUAUUAUCUCUGGUGUUUGGCUGGUGGAGACUUGGAGAAAGAGCUUGUCAACAAGGAAAUCAUUCAUUCAAAACCUCCCAUCUGCACUCUCCCUGUUUUUUUAUUUGAGGAUGGGGAGAGCUUUGGACAAGGCCGGGAUAGAAGCUUCCUUCUGGAUGACACAACUGUGACGCUCUCACUGUGCCAGCUCAGAAAUAGGCUGAAGGAUGUUGGUGGAGAAGCAUUUUACCCAUUGCUUGAAGACGACCAGUCAAAUAUACCACACUCCAACAGUAAUAAUGAGUUAUCUGCUGCUGCUAAUCUGCCUCUUAUUAUCCGAGAGCGGGAUACAGAAUACCAGUUGAACAGAAUUGUACUGUUUGACAGACUGCUAAAGGCCUAUCCUUACAAAAAAAAUCAAAUUUGGAAAGAAGCCAGAGUCGAUAUUCCUCCACUAAUGAGAGGUUUAACUUGGGCAGCCUUACUUGGAGUAGAGGGUGCCAUUCAUGCAAAAUAUGAUGCCAUUGACAAGGAUACUCCAAUUCCUACAGAUAGACAAAUUGAAGUUGAUAUUCCUCGCUGUCAUCAAUACGAUGAGCUGCUAUCAUCACCCGAAGGUCAUGCAAAAUUUAGACGGGUAUUGAAAGCAUGGGUAGUUUCCCAUCCUGAUCUCGUAUAUUGGCAAGGUCUUGAUUCCCUUUGUGCACCGUUCUUGUACUUGAAUUUUAACAAUGAAGCCCUGGCCUGUGCCUGUAUGUCUGCCUUUAUUCCUAAAUACCUGUAUAACUUCUUUCUAAAAGACAACUCGCACGUGAUUCAAGAAUACUUGACGGUGUUCUCCCAGAUGAUUGCAUUCCAUGACCCCGAACUGAGUAACCAUCUCAAUGAAAUUGGCUUCAUUCCAGAUCUCUAUGCUAUUCCUUGGUUUCUCACAAUGUUUACACAUGUUUUCCCUUUGCACAAAAUCUUUCAUCUGUGGGAUACAUUACUACUUGGGAAUUCUUCCUUCCCAUUCUGUAUUGGAGUGGCUAUUCUGCAACAGCUGAGGGAUCGACUUCUCUCCAAUGGAUUCAACGAAUGUAUUUUGCUCUUUUCUGAUUUGCCAGAAAUCGAUAUCGAGAGAUGUGUCCGUGAAUCAAUCAAUCUUUUCUGUUGGACCCCUAAGAGUGCUACAUACAGGCAAUAUGCACAGCAUCCCAAGCAAGCCAGCGAGAACAAUUGUACAAAAAAUUUAAUGUCCUGUUUCUCAUCAGACUAUCAGGAUGCACCUAGGAGUGACCUGUCUAGGGAAUCUAUUAAGUUGAAUGAUCUAAAAUCAGAGGUGUCGCCACGGAUCUCAGCUGAAGAUUUGAUAGACCUGUGUGACCUGACGGGACCUGGCCAUUUCAAGACCCCAGCAAAGAAAACGAAACCUAGCAAGCCAAAGCUGCUUAUUGUUGACAUCCGUAACAGCGAGGAUUUUAAUCGAGGGCAUAUAUCGGGCAGCAUCAAUAUCCCAUUUGGAUCAGCAUUCACUGUCGAAGGAGAGCUCAUCCAGUGCCCAGCGACUGCCACACUUCAAAGCUUUAAAGGCAGAGUAGUUGUGGUUGUGGGGCAUGUGGCAAAGAAUGCAGCAUCGUUUGCAGCUUAUCUUGUGAAAAUCAAAUAUCCACGAGUUUGCAUUUUGGAUGGAGGCAUAAACAAAAUCAAGCCGACUGGUCUGCUGACAGUUCCUUCUCCACAAAUAUGAACCUCCAAAAAUACCCUGAGAGCCAGAAGUUUGGAGAUAGCCAUCAACUGUAUGAGGCAACUCUAUGGGCAUUACAACUCCUGCAGUAUGAAAGUGACACACAUUAUCAGCAUCUCUGCAUGCAGAUUUUUCAGGAGUUUUCUUUCUUUCAUAUAUCUUGUGACAUAGAGCUUCAGUCUGGCUGGAUGAAAAUGUGAAGCUUUAGACUGUGUGCUACACCCCACCAACUCUUUAAACAAUCUGAGUGUCAUCCCUGUAGUAAUAACAGCAGUAACGUUCAUCAGGUUUGUAUAUAUUUUGCCCAAGUAUUAAUGUGGAAUUACAUGAAUCAUUUCAGAAAUAAUAUUUCAAAAACCAAACACGGAAAAUAAUAGGACAUAAUCAAGGCAUACAGACAUUAGAGAUAUGCAUACCCAUCCUUCAAAUAAUUGAAUUAUACUUAUUUAUCUAUUUAGUUGGGCAUUAAAAACAGAGGACCCCAUGUUCUGCAGCAUAACAUGGGCAGUUUUGAGCUGCCCAUGCUGCUGUGGGCUCCUAAGGGAACUUCCAGAGGUCUUGCUCUUUUGUACAAGAAUGUAAAUAAUUAAAGUAAUGCACGCCUGCACUCCAGAACAUGUGGACCAGUGAACGACCAGGCAUGCUGCUGAAUCCUUUGAAACACACUCUUUCUUAGAAAUUUGUUCACUCAACACUUAUCUUACAGUAGCAAUUGUGAUGGAGCCUUCACUCUGCCUGUGCAGUUUAAUAUAAUACUUGGUUAAAUUUGAAAAAUGUAUUUGAAAAGAACUCUUAAGAUAUUCUAAACAUGCAGUAAUUGUAUUUGAAAUGUUGGUAUUGCUUAUCAGUUUGAGAGAGGAGAAUUAUUAGUCUCAAAAGAAGUUGUCUGAACUCUUGGCAACAAAAAUAAUUAAAACCUACCUUUUUUCCCUUUGCUUUCAUUAAAUUUUUCAAUCUAAGUUUAACAUUUUUACUAAAUAGUUGCAUACAUAACUUUAUUAACUUUGUUUCCAAGUUUAAUAGGCAAAUUUAACUACUUCUUUGUCAUCUUAUGAUAUACAGAGGAUCUGUACAAUCCAGAGGAACUUCUGAAUAAAAAGUGUAACUUGACAGAUAA